AUGAGGAAAACCUCAGAGGAUUGUCUCACUUUGUCUCCAGACUGGAAAGUAGAAGAUGAGGACCUCACACAGUAUAGUCCAGGAGAAAACCCGGCUCCCUCCAAUGUCCAUCCGGCACCACCCAUUGUAGAUGGACCAUCAGAUUCGCAGACUGUGCGGGACCGAGCCGCCCUUCCACUAGACAAAAGAUUCUCCUGCACUGUGUGCGGGAGGUGGUUCCGUUUUAAAUACGCUCUUACUGAGCAUGAGAGAUCUCACACGGGGGAGAAGCCGUAUUCCUGUCCCGAGUGCGGGAAAUGUUUUUCAAAGAAGUCCUAUCUUUCCCGACAUCAGACGUCUCACUCGGGGGAGAAGCCGUUUUCCUGUCCUCAGUGCAGGAAAUGUUUCUCCUUUAAGUCCAAUCUUUACAAACACCAGAGACUGCACACGGGGGAGAAGCCAUUUUCCUGUCUUGAGUGCGGGAAAUGUUUUGUACAAAAAUCAGAACUUGUCACGCAUCAGAGGUCUCACACGGGGGAGAAGCCGUAUUCUUGUUCUCUGUGUGGGAAAUGUUUUUCAGAGAAAUCCAAUCUCAACAGACACCAAAAGUCCCACACGGGGGAGAAGCUGUAUUCCUGUCUUCAGUGUGGAAAAUCCUUUUCACAGAAGUCCAGUCUUCACACACAUCAGAGAUUGCACGGGGGACAGAAGCCCUACUCCUGUUCUGAGUGCGGGAAAUGUUUUGCAAAAAAGUCAGAACUUGUCACACAUCAGAGGUCUCACGCUGAGGAAAAGUCGUAUACCUGUCCUGAGUGCGGGAAAUGUUUUUCACAGAAUCUUCACACUCAUCAGAGAUUGCACACGGGGGAGAAGUUGUAUUCCUGUUUGGACUGCGGGAAAUGUUUUAUAAAAAAAUCAGAGCUUGUCACACAUCAAUGGUCUCACACCGGGGAAAAGCCGUAUUCUUGUACUGAGUGUGGGAAAUGUUUUACAAGGAAAUCCACACUCGGCAGACACCAAAAGUCUCACACGGGGGAGAAGCCGUAUUCUUGCCUUGAGUGCGGGAAAUGUUUUUCAAAGUCCAAGCUUUACAAACAUCAGAGGUGUCACACGGGGGAGAAGCCGUAUUCUUGUCCUGAGUGCGGGAAAUGUUUUUCAGUGAAGUCUAGUCUUUACAAACAUCAGAGGUGUCACACGGGGGAGAAGCCGUAUGCCUGUCCUGAGUGCGGGAAAUGUUUUUCAGUGAAGUGCAGUCUUUACAGACAUCAGACAUCUCACACGGGGGAGAAGCCACAUUCUUGUACCGAGUGCGGGAAAUGUUUUUCACUGAAGUCCCACCUUUACACACAUCAGAGAGUGCACACGGGGGAGAAGCCGUAUUCCUGUCCUGAGUGCGGGAAAUGUUUGAAAUGUUUUUCAGAUAAGUCCAAUCUUUACAAUCAUCGGAGAUUGCACACGGGGGAGAAGUUGUAUUCCUGUUCUGAUUGCAGUAAAUAUUUUGUACAAAAAUCAGACCUUGUCACACAUCAGAGGUCACAUACCGGGGAAAAGCCAUUUUCUUGUUCUGAGUGUGGGAAAUGUUUUUCAAAGAAAUCCAGUCUCAGCAGACACCAAAGGUCUCACACAGGUGAGAAGCCGUAUUCCUGCUCUGAGUGCGGGAAAUGUUUUUCAAAGAAGUCCAAUCUCUCCAUCCAUCAGAGAUCUCACACAGGGGGAGAAGCCAUUUGCGGAAAAUGUUUUUCACAGAAGUCCAAUCUUUACACACAUCAAAGAUUGCACAUGGGCGAGAAGCCGUAUUAUUGUCCUGAGUGCGGGAAAUGUUUUGUAAAAAAAUCAGAGCUUGCCUCACAUCAGAGAUCUCACACGGGGGAAAAGCCAUAUGCCUGUCUAGAGUGCGGGAAAUGCUUUUCAGGUAAGUCCAAUCUUUGCAAACAUCAGAGAUCACAUACAGGGGAGAAGCUGUAUUCCUGUCCUGAGUGCGGGAAAUGUUUUUCACAGAAAUCAAAGCUUUACAGACACCAGAGAUCUCACACAGGAGAGAAGCCGUAUUCCUGUCCUGAGUGCGGGAAAUGUUUUCUACAAAAAUCAGAUGUUGUCUCACAUCAGAAGUCUCACACGGGGGAAAAGCCGUAUUCCUGUCCUGAGUGCGGGAAAUGCUUUUCCGAUAAGUCCAAUCUUUGCAAACAUCAGAGAUCGCACACGGGGGAGAGGCCGUAUUUCUGUCCUGAGUGCGGGAAAUGUUUUUCACAGAAGUCCAUUCUUUACAGACAUCAGAGAUCUCACACAGGAGAAAAGCCAUAUUCCUGUCCUGAGUGCGGGAAAUGUUUUGUACACAAGUCCAGUCUUUACAUACAUCAGAGAUUGCACACGGGGGAGAAGCCGUAUUCCUGUCCCGAGUGCGGGAAAUGUUUUUCACAGAAGAUCAGUCUUUACAAACAUCAGAGGACUCACACGGGGGAGAAGCCGUAUUCCUGUGCUGAGUGCGGGAAAUGUUUUUCAAUGAAGUCCAAUCUUACCACACAUCAGAGGUUACACACAGGGGAGAAGCCGUAUUCCUGUGCCGAGUGCGGGAAAUGUUUUUCACAGAAAUCCACUCUCAGCAGACACCAAUGGUCUCACACGGGGAAAAAGCCACAUUCCUGCUCAGAGUGCGGGAAAUGUUUUUUAGACAAGUCCAGUCUUUACUUACAUCAGAGAUUGCACACGGGGGAGAAGCCGUAUUCCUGUCCCGAGUGCGGGAAAUGUUUUUCACAGAAGAUCAGUCUUUACAAACAUCAGACAACUCACACGGGGGAGAAGCCGUAUUCCUGUGCUGAGUGCGGGAAAUGUUUUUCAAUGAAGUCCAAUCUUACCACACAUCAGAGGUUACACACUGGAGAGAAGCCGUAUUCUUGUCCUGAGUGCGGGAAAUGUUUUUCACAGAAGUCCAAUCUUUACAAACAUCAGAGAUCUCACACAGGGGAGAAGCCGUAUUCCUGUCCUGAGUGCGGGAAAUGUUUUUCAGAGAGGGCCUCUCUUUCCGAUCAUCAGAGAUCUCACACGGGGAAAAAGCCACAUUCCUGCUCAGAGUGCGGGAAAUGUUUUUUAGACAAGUCCAGUCUUUACUUACAUCAGAGAUUGCACACGGGGGAGAAGCCGUAUUCCUGUCCCGAGUGCGGGAAAUGUUUUUCACAGAAGAUCAGUCUUUACAAACAUCAGACAACUCACACGGGGGAGAAGCCGUAUUCCUGUGCUGAGUGCGGGAAAUGUUUUUCAAUGAAGUCCAAUCUUACCACACAUCAGAGGUUACACACUGGAGAGAAGCCGUAUUCUUGUCCUGAGUGUGGGAAAUGUUUUUCACAGAAGUCCAAUCUUUACAAACAUCAGAGAUCUCACACGGGGGAGAAGCCGUAUUCCUGUCUGAGUGUGCGGGAAAUGUUUUUCAGAGAGGGCCUCUCUUUCCGAUCAUCAGAGAUCUCACAGGGGGGAGAAGCCGUAUUCUUGUCGUGA